ACAGUUAAAAACAACACAGUCUGUCAAGGCAGUGUAGACAGGACGUCAGACAGACAAAUGUGACCUUUGACCUCCCAGAGCAAAAGUCCGUUGAGGCCCUGUCAGGGAGGAAUAAGGGAGCAAGGGAGCUGAAGGAGGUGAAGAUGAAAGUGAGAGGGAAGAGGCAGGCGAGGCAGAGCCAGAAGGUCAAGGAGCUCCCAGAGCUGGCCAAACUACCCCCCCUGCCCUGCCCAGAGCAGGCCCUCCUGCAGGCCUUCAGGUUGCUCAGCAUCGAUGACUGGGAGAAGAAGAUCGAGGGCCUGACCUCCAUCAGGUCUCUGUCUCAGCACCAUGCUGAGCUGCUGCUGCCCAGACUGCAUGACCUGUGUCUGGCUGUCACUGAAGAGGUAAAGAACCUGCGCUCCAUGGUGUCCCGCACUGCCAUAGUGACCCUGGCCCACCUGUAUGCUCAUCUGGGGCGAGGCAUGGAUGCGGAGGUAGAGGGCACCACCCGGGCGCUGCUGCAGAAGGCAGGAGAGGCCAGCGGCUUCAUCAGGGAUGAUGUGGAGCUGGCGCUGGGGUACAUGGUGGUCAAUGUAACACCCUCACGCAGCAUGAACGCUCUCAUCAACACAGGAGUCAGGCACCGUAAUACAGCCGCGAGGAAGAGCACUGCUCAGCACCUGGGGAGACUGGCAGAGGUCAUGGGGUCGUCCCAUCUCCUGUCUGGCAAAAACAAACUAACUGAACGCUUCAUCCAUGCCAUCAGCUGCCUGGCCGUUGAUUGUGCACUGGAAGUCAGGACCCAUGCCCAUAAUACUCUGGCCUUUCUGGCCUCCCACCCCAACCUCAUCAAGAUGGUGGAGAGGUUUGUCCCACAGAGAGACCACAUCACCAUCAAGAACAUUAUUAACAAAGGCCAGUGCAGAAAUUUGAAUUGAAGUGAAUCCAAACUCACAUCUCUGUAGACACAACAUAUCCAUUCAACACUGGCAGCAGUUAUAGCAUUGCUCUCUCAGAGGGCAUGAGCCAGCAACAGGCAGAUAGAGAGGUUCAGCCGCGCCCCGUUGGUCCUCCGGGUGUUGAACUGGAACUGUUGAAGAGGGCAAAGGUCAAGAUGGCUAGGGUCAGGAAGACAAGGCCAACCAGCACGAAGAAUGCGCUCAGCUUCUCUACGACGGGAUCGCUCUGAAAACAAAUAACAAACACUCCCACUCUUUCACCCUGACCUCACUGGUGACACAAAGGUUGAUCGGCAUUGCUUAUAAAUUAUCUUUUUAUUGCAAUAAAUAUAACAUGAAUCCCAGUCAUUUGUCAAACAACAAAAAU